AUGGCCGCCGACAAGCGUGAAGUUAUCGAUAAAUUGAACGAAACUGCCUUAAUCAAGCUCAGUCGGGUGGACCUGCAAGGACGAGUUGCUGGACUCGAACAGGAAAAUUCACUUCUAAAGGAGGGACUUCGAGCGAACCGCCUACAAUCCAACUUGAACGAGCAGCAAAUUAGGGCUCGCAACCUCCUGCUCUUCGGGGUCACCGAGCUACGAAUCUUGACCUUCAACAAAUACUUCAAAGUUCCGAAGUUCUCCGGUGAUUACAAGAAGUUCCGCGAGUGGUGGCAAAUGUUCGAUGCUCAUGUUCACAAGAAGACCAUCGAUCCAGUCGAGAAGUACUCAUUACUCAAGCAGUCGCUUGAAGGCAGGGCAGCAGCGGAAAUUGCGCAUCUCGAGUUUACGGCAGACCAGUACCAAGUCGCGAUGGACGCGAUAGCGGCGAAGUUUGGUUCAGCCAAAGAUGCCGAAAAGGAGCAUGUCCAGCAGCUUCAGAGACUCGUACUCACCAGGGAUCUCCACAUACAUGAUAAGUUCAUUAAUUUCGUCAGCGCGUUGUCCCAGAACGUCGAGGCCCUCAUCUCCUUGGGAAAAAAUUACGAUUCUCUUUCUCUCAUGUUAACGCCGAACAUUCUGAGUGCACUCCCUGUGCAAAUGCGAGAGAGCUUCAAUCGACUUCAUUUCGAAUCUUCGGCUAAGUCGGACUCGGACAGCGAUCUGGAGCUUCUAUUGGAGUUCCUUGAUAGGGAGGUUUCCAUCAAGAGAGCCUCACGGCCUCUAGACUCAUAUAGGCAGCAGAGCUUCCAGAGCUCUUAUUCGAACAGGGAUCUCAGCGCUAGUAAUGCGGCUAGGCAACAAAAUCAGGAAUCAUCAUGCUAA